AGGCGCAGUCAAGAGAGACUUGGACUCAAGCAAGCCACACGGUCCCCACGCGAAGGACACGAGAGCUGUGCACUGCCAAGCCUUCCCGUGCUUCUUCCUCCUCAGAGCGUUUGAGGCUCCAGCUGUCCCGUGCAUCCACAACCUUGUCUUUGCAUUGGCGAGAUGGAAACUACAACCAUCACCACCACGCAGAAUGCAUGCACCUUUGGACUUACCGAGAGACGCGCUACCAUCACCUUGCACGCCCCGGCCCAGGACUGCGCGGUCCCGGCGGUGCACCCCAACACCAGCGCGGCCGGCUACCAAAGCAAGACCAAAGUGCUGAAGAGACAGCGCUCCAGCUCACCGGAACUUCUACGUUGCAAGCGGCGCCUGAGCUUCAACGGCCUCGGCUACUCCAUCCCUCAGCAGCAACCUGUGGCCGUGGCCCGGCGGAAUGAAAGAGAGAGGAACCGGGUCAAACAGGUCAACAUGGGUUUCCAGACGCUGCGUCAGCAUGUGCCCAACGGCGCCGCCAACAAGAAGAUGAGCAAAGUGGAGACCCUAAGGUCAGCGGUGGAGUACAUCAGGGCCUUGCAGCAGCUCCUGGACGAACAUGACGCUGUGUCGGCUGCUUUCCAGUGCGGGUUACCAUCCCCGACUCUUUCCAACAGCUACUCUGCCGACCCUGAGUCGCCUCACUCCACCUAUUCAUCAGAUGAGGGCGGCUACGAGCCCCUGAGCUCAGAGGAGCAGGAGCUGUUGGACUUUACAACUUGGUUCGACAGGUACUGAGACUGACAACAGCGAAACUACACAGCAGCAUGUGCGCGUCAAAGCGACCGACUUCUUUCAGAAAUGCUGACAAAGACUGACAUUUGACAAACGCAUCCGAUCAUCAGUCUUGCACUAGAAGCAAGGCAUCGGCGUGUGCUCUCUGUGUUUGGAAGUGAUCUGUUGCAUCCCUCCCUUAUCCUGGGCUGCUUUUGCAGGAGCAAAGCAGGAGAGAGAGAGAGAGAGAGAGAGAGAGAGAGAGAGAGAGAGAGAGAGAGAGAGAGAGACACUCUUGUUGCAAAGCAUAAACAGUCGCUCUAAAGUUCCUACUAGAAGAAGGGAUAUGGACACACUGUCAAGUUGAUGCGUGGAAGUAAAGAAUUGUUGAUCUAAUGUUUGAAUAAGUGCAAUUAAUAUCAGAAACAGCUGGCUUAGCAGAGACUGUGCUGUAGUUCAUGAGGACUUGUCUGAAGACUGUUUUGUCAGAGCAGGACUGCCUUCCUCAGCUGCCACCUCUGUUGGAAGAUACAGCAAAGAUGAUGCGUCAACUGAUUUGAACUUUCUUGUUGUACAUGUUUUCCUUUGAUAACGGAAUUGUAUUAUACAAUGCAUUGUUUAAUAUGAAGAAAUAUUUUUGUACAUUGAGUUAAACAAAUGUUCUCGAACAACAGCCACUGCCACUCCCCUGACAGUGAUAGCCAGCUGUCAGCAAGGCAGUAAGUUGGCAUGUAUGCGUAUGACUGGACAGCAAUAUCAAGGCUACAACUACCUGUGACAGAUUGAAGUUUUUUUUUUCUUUUCUUUUCAUAGAUGACAAGGAGACCUUUAUCAAUGUAUGCACUUGUUCUCCAUUUCCCGUAGCCUAAAAUGUAAAUAUACGAUUUUAACAGAUAUAUUUUGUGUAAAACAAGUUUUAUAAAUAAAGAUGAAUCUAUUUAUAUUA